ACUCUCUUUCUCUUUCUCUUUCGCUUGCUCUCUCUCUCUCUCUCUCUCUCUUUCUCUCUCCUUUUCUCAUUAAUUGAAAUAUAGCAAUGGUUGCGCCACCGCCACCGCCACCGCACCGUCAUUUCUUCUUCCUCCUAUUCCUCCUCUCGGCCGCCGGCAUUGCCUCCUCCGCAACCCAGAGUUUCAAAGAAGCACCAGAGUUCUACAACUCUCCGGCGUGCCCUACUCUCGACACAGCAAAUGAUAACGCCAUGAUUUGCUCCGACGAGGCUGUCCACGUCGCCAUGACCCUCGAUGCAGCUUACCUCCGUGGCUCCAUGGCUGCCAUUUUCUCCGCCCUCCAGCACUCCACCUGCCCACAAAACAUUUUUUUCCACUUCGUCUCCUCCGCCGACGGAGUCCGACGUGAUGAACUCCUCACCAUCAUCACCCGCUCCUUCCCUUACCUCAACUUCCGAACCUACUCUUUCCAAAACGACGCCGUUUCCGGCCUCAUCUCAACCUCCAUCCGCUCCGCGCUCGACUGCCCUCUCAACUACGCGCGCAACUACCUCGCCAAUCUCCUCCCACCGUGCGUCCGCCGCGUCGUCUACCUCGACUCUGACGUCAUCCUCGUCGACGAUAUUGCCAAGCUGGCAGCCACGUCACUCCCAAACGACGCCGUUUUAGCAGCGCCGGAAUACUGCAACGCCAACUUCACUACUUACUUCACUCCCACUUUCUGGUCAAACCCUUCCCUCUCCCUCAACUUCGCGGGUCGGAACAGAGAGCCCUGUUACUUUAACACCGGAGUUAUGGUUAUGGAUUUGGUUAGAUGGAGAGAAGGAGAGUAUACGACGAAGAUUGUGGAGUGGAUGGAGCUCCAAAAGAGAAUCCGGAUCUACGAACUCGGGUCUCUGCCGCCAUUUUUGCUGGUUUUUGCAGGUAACAUCGCGCCUGUUGAUCACAGAUGGAACCAACACGGGCUCGGCGGAGACAAUUACAGAGGACUGUGCAGAGACCUGCAUCCGGGUCCAGUGAGUUUGCUGCAUUGGAGUGGGAAAGGGAAGCCGUGGGUUCGGCUCGAUGCCAACCGGCCAUGUCCUUUGGAUGCUCUAUGGGCUCCUUAUGAUCUGUUGCAGACGCCAUUUUCGCUCGACGCUUAGAAGUGUAUAUUUCUCAGGUUCUUCAAAUUAUUUUCUUGCCCACUUUCUCGGGUAAAAAUAAGAGAUCGAAGAGGUAAACGGUCACUCUGUUUUGAUGGUGAAUGGAGAGAGAUACUGUGCAUACGAUAUAGAGAUCAGCAGCAGCCAUUGAACAACUUAAUCUUAGAACUUCGUUUUAUCUGUAUCUAUCUAUCUAAUAUAUAUAUAUGUAUAAUUGUAUGUAUACCUGAUCGAUCGAUCGAUCGAUCGAGAACGUUUUGUUGAUUAUAUAUACAGCUGGGUAGUGAAGAAGAAGGAUAAAACUUUUUAAUCCAUUCAUCUCUUCUCCUUUCUUCAAUUAUUAGAAGCAGAUGGAUAAU